AUGUCCGACAACUCAACCCUGGCAACCUUGGUAACCCAGGCAACCACAGAGGAUCCCACCAAGGUCACCUUCAUCGACGCCGUCAUCGUUUUCCUCUGCAUCAGCCUGUCCGUCCUCAUCUCCGCGGUCAACGCGUUGACGAUAGUCGUCAUCCGUGCCACCCCCUCCCUCCGGACUCUAACCAACGCCUAUGUCGUCAGCCUGGCAGCGGCGGAUCUCAUCGUGGGGAUCUCCCUGACCCCCACGGGAUUAUUCUUCCUACCCCCGACCCGGUAUUCUCUAUUCUUCCGCUUCGUCAACCUCUGUCUUUUAAUCAACGCCAUCAAUAUCGGCAUGGCUGGAACAUCAUUCGUCCACCUAGCCAUGGUAUCAAUAGAUCGAUAUUUAUACAUCUCCAAACCGUUUAUCUACGAAAAAUACAUGACCGUCAACGUCGCUUUAGGAUUUAUCAUCCUAUGCUGGAUAACCGGUGCAGUGUAUGUUUUUCUACCGCAGAUUUUCCACAACCCUUACGGUGCUGUACCAGUUUGCAGCCCAACAAUUUUAUUCCCAGAAUGGUACAUGUUCUACGGAGCCUGGGUUGCUUUUUUCCUAUGCGCCGCUGUCAUCUUCACCAUGUGCUACCUCAUCAUCCGCACGGCCGUCAAACAACGCAACGCAAUCCGGGCUACGGAUACCACCGGAAAUUCCAACACCACCGUCGGAAUUUCCCGAUCGACCAUGAAAACUCUCAAAUACUUCUUCACCGUGUUUGGGGUGUUCUUCGUGUGCAUCACGCCGACUGUGCUGUGCAUGGGGCUGGACUAUUACAUCCGGGUCCCGGCUUUCGUCUUCAACGCGUUCGCCAUGUUGGCUCUCACAAACUCGGGAAUGAACUUUAUAAUCCUGACAGUCCAAAACAAAGGGUUCAGGCGCUCCAUGUUCAAGAUGCUGAGCUGUUACGUGUGUUUUGAUAGCUGGAAGGAGAAUUUGAAUAGUCUCUCCCCAACACACGUUUAG